CGGCUCCAGAGGAGUCACAGAGCAGAGGAGCCGGCGGCUGACAGCACACCCGCAGGAGGUGUCAGCGAGCGCCUGCCGGGGCUGACGGGUUUUGUCUCCGGCCGCAGCCGCUGCCGUUGGCACCAUGAGGGCCGUGCUCUGGGACCUGCUGCUGCUCUGCCUCUUCGCCCGGGCGCGGGGAGACUGCCGGGGGGACUGCUUGCGCUGCGACCGCCACCUCUACAGGGACAGCUUCGACGUCCUCGUCUGCAUCCUGGAGUGCGAAGGCGAAGCCGUGCCGCGGGCCACCUGGGAGAUGUGCGCCGCCUCCAUCCGAGCCGCCCCGCGGCCGGGGGCCACCGGUGCCGACGUCUUCGGUGCCGCGGGGCCGGCGGAGGCGGUGGUGAGCCCGCUGCAGGUAAGCGAGCUGCUGCGGCGGCGGGACGCCGAAGACGGAGGCGCGGGGACGGCGCCGGGCGCUUUCCCGUCGCGGGACGAGGACAUUUCCCGGCGGCUCGGCGGUGGCUUCCCGCGGGGGACGCGCGGCUCGUGGCCGGCGGCCCGAGGGGUGCAGAAGCGGUACGGGGGCUUCAUCGGGGUGCGCAAGUCGGCGAGGAAGUGGAACAACCAGAAGAGGUUUAGCGAGUUCCUGAAGCAGUACCUGGGCAUGUCGCCCCGCUCCACGUUCCGGCACCGCGUCCCGGCACCCGCCACCAGGCACAGGCAAAAUUAGCCCUGCUCCUGUCCACCCAAGCAGCCUCCACCUCUCUCUGACGGACCCCAAAGCGCUUCAGACUCGCACGCGUUCAGAAAUCACUUUUCUCCCUUCUGGGGAGCAGCCACCUGGGUGCCCGCCCGUGACCGAUCUUCACUUAAUUUAAGCCAGGACGGGAAGGAUUCGGCCACCGCCGGACACGGGAGCGAGGACGGCGGGGAGGGGGACCACCAAAAAAAAAAAAAAAAAAAAAGAGGAAAACGGGAUUUUUUUUGCAAAAUUCGCACCUCUCUGCAUUGGAAACACCCCACACGUUGGACGCAGUGGAAAAUAGUGAUUUUUUUUUUUUUUUUUGGUUUUUUUCCCCCCUCCCGCCCCCCAGAUUAUUAUUUCACGCUUUUGGGCAUCCCCUCCCAGCCCCGGCCCCUCUCCGGGACCCCGGCCGGGGAGAUUUAUCCGCACCCCCCGGAUUUAUCCCCAGCUUUUUGGCUGGGGGACGCUGAGACUCCGAGAGGUCGCAUCCCACCGUGGCUUGGUCCCCGUGCGCCCGCAGGAGGGGACCGGAGCACGGUGCAGCGCCCAGGGCUGGGUAGAAAACACCUGGAAUUGUGUUGUUUUUUUUUUGCUUUUAUUUUUUUUUUUCAAUAUUUUUUUUUUAAUUUUUUUUUUGCGCUUUCCUUGAGGUUUGAGAAGGACUCCGGGGGUUGACUUCUUUGCUCAGCAACACAGCCGCGCGUGCGUCUCUUGUCGCGUCCCCCCGGCAUGUAUCGCGUCCCAGCUGCCGUCCCCGCCGGGGCGCCUUCCCGGGGCUCCCACAGCGUGACCCCGGAGCCGUGUGUGUCCCCCCCAGCCCCCUCCAUUCCAACCCUUCUGCCUAAUUUGCUGCCCGAAGCAUGUCCCGCGUGCCCCGCGCCCGGGUCUCACCCGCAGCGCCGCCCCUUCGCCGUUUGUACAAAAAAAAAAAAAAAAAAAAGAUAAUAAAAAACCCGACGCACCCCGUGGAAACAAACAAAAAAACAGCAAAAAAAAAAUCUCGCCCCUCUCCCCCUGGUCUUUUUAAUUGUUUCAUACAAAGAUUUCUCCAUUAAACUUGUACAUAGCAAAAGGAUUAAUAAAUUAGUUUACUGUUUCUA